ACUGCCGCCUUGGUACAGUCCAGCGCAAGAUGGCGACUUCGAUGGAAGACGAGUUUGAAGAUGCGCCUGAUGUGGAGCCUUUAGAGCCUACAUUAAAAAACAUAAUAGAGCAGAAAUCCCUCAAAUGGAUCUUUGUCGGGGGUAAAGGGGGUGUUGGAAAGACCACGUGCAGCUGCAGUUUGGCGGUUCAGUUAGCAGCGGUUAGAGAGAGCGUCCUCAUCAUAUCCACGGAUCCAGCGCAUAACAUCUCUGAUGCCUUCGACCAGAAGUUCUCCAAGGUGCCCACCAAGGUCAAAGGCUAUGAAAACCUCUUCGCCAUGGAGAUCGACCCCAGUCUGGGUGUGGCAGAGCUGCCCGAUGAGUUUUUCGAGGAGGACAACAUGCUGAGUAUGGGGAAGAAGAUGAUGCAGGAGGCCAUGAGCGCUUUCCCUGGCAUUGAUGAGGCCAUGAGCUAUGCAGAGGUCAUGAGAUUAGUGAAAGGCAUGAAUUUUUCAGUGGUGGUGUUUGACACGGCCCCCACAGGACACACAUUACGCCUGCUCAACUUCCCCACCAUCGUGGAAAGAGGUCUGGGUCGUCUGAUGCAGAUCAAGAAUCAGAUCAGCCCAUUCAUCUCGCAGAUGUGUAACAUGCUGGGUCUGGGAGACAUGAAUGCUGAUCAGCUGGCGUCUAAAUUAGAAGAGACUUUGCCUGUCAUUCGCUCCGUCAGCGAGCAGUUUAAAGACCCGGAGCAGACGACGUUCAUCUGCGUGUGCAUCGCGGAGUUUCUCUCUCUGUACGAGACGGAGCGUUUGAUUCAAGAACUGGCAAAGUGUCGCAUCGACACGCACAACAUUAUCGUCAACCAGUUGGUUUUCCCCGACGGCGAGCGGCCCUGCAAGAUGUGCGAGGCCCGACACAAGAUUCAGUCCAAGUACCUGGACCAGAUGGAAGAUUUAUAUGAAGAUUUCCACAUAGUAAAGUUGCCCCUGCUGCCCCAUGAAGUUCGAGGAACGGAUAAGGUCAACACUUUUUCCAAGCAGCUGCUGGAACCCUACAGCCCCCCCAAAAAGUGACUUAACUGCCACCGAUCAAACCCACAUACAUAAUACUUCUCAUUGUCCUCUUCAUCCUCAGAUGUAGAAAUACCCUACCAAAUAGAUACCAAUACACACCUUAAUUUCCUCCAAUCAGAUGCUCUCUUUCCUCAUUUUAUAUGGUCAUGUGAUCUUUAAUGAAUGUUGGCUCAUUUAGUUUCGAUGGUAAGUUGCUUUGUGCCGAUGGUGUUUGUGUUAAGGCAUAAAACUGGAUUCAGUUUUUGAACAGGUCUAGUAUCAGUGUAAACGUCUGUUACUGGUUUAGCUUAACCUGGCGUCUGGUUCAGGGUCAGUGUGUGGUGACUGACACAGUUAAGCUUUGAACUGGUCAGUAUUGCUGUCGGUGGUCCAGAUUGGGUCCAAAUCUAUUAUAUAUCUUAAGGUAUUUAUAAAAAAAUCUGAUCUUUUCAUUGAACUUCAUUUUGCAGUGAAUUGUAAUUACUCUGUACAAACAUUGCGAUUCGGUUUAUCUAAUUUAAUUUUUUCAAAUAGUUAAUGUGAUGUAUUUAUAUAGACUUGAAAUUUAGAUAAUUUCCGUUCAGAUCUUCUAUUGGAUUUAUUUGAAAGAUUUUUGUUUCUGGUUUAUAGUUGUGACGCGCACGUAUGUGUUUCAAUUUCUCUCUUCUUUCCUUGAAUACUAUUUCUAGUGUCAUCUUUUGGCAGUAUUGUCCGCAUGCGUCAGAAAACUGAAACAAGCUUAAGCCACUUGCAAAACUACAACCUGUCUGCCGAGAUGACUAUUCACUAUACUGUACUACUGGUUUUAUUAUUCUGGUUUAAUGCCUACAAGAAGCUGAACUACUUAAUCACAAACCGGACGAAAUAUCAGACAGAGGAUUUGGAUCUUUUAUCACUUAUUGGUUUUCUUAAAGCUUCUUAUUUAUCUUGUAACUUGCUAAUGCCUUUCCAAAUCUGGCUUCUUUUUGUAGAAGCACACUGUGUUUCAAAACAAAUACUUUAUGAAAUAAAACGUGCCCAUCUACUGCAACAAUG